AUGAUAGGAAGAGCCGACAUCGAAGGAUCAAAAAGCAACGUCGCUAUGGACGCUUGGCUGCCACAAGCCAGUUAUCCCUGUGGAUCGAUAGGCCACGCUUUCGCGGUCUGUACUCGUACUGAAAGUCAAGAUCAAGCGAGCUUUUGCCCUUUUGCUCUACGAGAGGUUUCCGUCCUCUCUGAGCUAGCCUUAGGACACCUGCGUUACGGUUUGACAGAUGUACCGCCCCAGUCAAACUCCCCGCCUGACACUGUCUUCGGCGAGAGUCGCAAUGCCACCAGGUGGCUUUGCUUAAAACAAAGAAAAAAGAGCCGGAGCUCAAUUCUCUCCUCACCGAAUAAGUAA